UGAUUGGUGUAAAUACAGUAGUAUUGCAUUCAUUGUAUGAGUGAAUGAGUCAAUUGAAACUCAAUUACUAUUGUUUUGUUGAUUCAUUGAUUGACUCAUUAAGUGAUUAGUUGUCGUAGUUGUGAUUGAAGACAAACAGACAAACAAACAAACAUUUAAAGAUAUGUCUCAUAAAUACCAAAACCAAUCGAUGACUCUCUGGAUUGGAGACAUCGACGAAACAAUGGAUGAGAUGUUUGUGAAGACAUCCUUUCAUCUGAUGAGUCAUAAACCAAAACAAGUGAAGAUUGUCCGAAACAAAAUAACCGGACAACCAAUGGGUUAUGGAUUUAUAACAUUUGAAAGCGAAGAAUUGGCACAAAAAGUAUUGAAUGAACUCAAUGGACAACAAAUACCAAACGCUGCUGAGGGAAAGCGCUUCCGAUUAAACAUAACGAGUAGUAGAGAUGACACUGAGUUCUCCAUAUAUGUCGGGGAUCUAACUCUUGAUGUCAACGAUCACAUGCUUCUCAAUGCUUUUGCUAAACACUAUCCGUCCACCUGUUCAGCCAAAGUAAUGACUUCUGAGAGUCAGAACCGUCGCUUUGGAUUUGUUCGGUUUAGUCAAGAAAGUGAUUACCAAAAUGCGUUGAGUCAAUGCAAUAACUCGACUAUUUUGGGUCCAAAUCCCAUAACUGUGAGGGCAGCCAAACCCCGGCGCUUACAAAGACAGAAUUAUGGUCACCAAAGGACUCGAACCUAUGAUCGCUCUAAUAGUGAACGGUUUGUUAUUCAACAGCAACACCAUCACCCACAACAACAACAACAACAACCGCCGCAAAUACAACAACAAAGACAAUUUCAACAACAAAAUCAACAACAGUUUCAAGAGAUAUCUCAACCAAUUUAUAGUCCAGAUAUGAGUACCGGUAGUCAAUAUAGUGCAGUCUCUCCUUCUUCUGGUCAACAACCCAUAUGGAUAUACCCAAUGAUGCCAUACAAUGCCUUACCUGUCAAUUAUGAUUCAUAUGCUUACGGUCAACCAUCAUAUGGACAGCCUGUCUACUAUCCGAACUGUGAUAAUAUGUUAUAUACACUAAUUCCUGGCUCUGUCUAUAUGCCCGAUGCAAGUAAUCAAUAUAUUGACGAUAAAUUCAAUGAAGAAAUGAUGGCCAAAAAUGAUGAUUUAUAUUCAAGUAUUGAAAACACCCGUUGGUCGACACCUAUUGAAUCGGAAAAGGAGUCGAAAAUGCAAUGAAUGUCUCAUAAACGAUAUUUUUGGCUCAAAAAAAUUAUAUAAUCUGUGAUUAUCUUUAUUAAGAUAAGAUGAUUACUUGUGAUUUUAGUCAACAAUUUUAGAUAAAACAGUCAAUUAAAACAACUCAUUAUUUCAUCAUUUGUUUUAUGUUUGUAUAAUUCGUUAAUAAUGUA